AUGUUGUCUCUACGUCAAUCCCUAUCGAAGUUGUUCGGCCCAGCAUCCAGAGCUUUUGCUACCACCAAGGUUGCAGGUGAUCAACAAGUUGUUAAGACUGCUACCAAGUUGGCUGAAGUUAACGGUGCUGACACUUUGAUUGGUCCUGGUGCCAAAGACGGUGAAGUUCCAACCGAAUUGGACCAAGCCACUGGUUUAGCCAGAUUGGAAUUGUUGGGUAAAUUGGAAGGUAUCGAAGUUUUCGACACCAAGCCAUUGGACUCUUCCAGAAUCGGUACCAUGGAAAACCCAAUCAUUGUUGAAUCCUACGAUGACUACCGUUAUGUCGGUGCCACUGGUUCCCCAGCUGGUUCUCACAACGUCAUGUGGUUGAAGCCAACCGACGGUCAAGUCGCCAGAUGUUGGGAAACCGGUUGUGUAUACAAGCUUAAGAUGGUCGGUGUUCCUCAAGAAGGUCACCAUUAA